AUGACAGCAGUGAUGGAUGAUGGGAGAAAACAUGGCAUUAUGGGAGCCCAGGAGGAGCGUGACAACAGGAGGUCAGCAGCAGCUCCAUCUGAUCAGGUUUGUUCUCUUUUAAAGCACUCAGUUUUCCUCCUGAAGCGUUAUCCAAUAGGAAAAGAGGGAAUGAACGGUGUGCUGUGUGUUGUUGUGCAGGCUGAGGAUGUGAACAGGACUCUGGAAGGAGGCCGCAAGCCGCUUCAUUACGCUGCAGACAGCGGUCAGGCCGAGAUGCUGGAGUUUCUGCUGUCUAAAGGAGCCGAUGUGAACGCUCCAGAUAAACACGGCAUCACCCCGCUGCUGUCUGCCACUUACGAGGGUCACGUGAGCUGCGUGAAGAUUCUUCUAGAAAAGGGUGCUGUUAAGGAACGGAAAGGUCCGGAUGGUCUCAGUGCGUUCGAGGCGGCCGAGAGCGAGGCCAUCAAAGAUCUACUAAAGUGAGUCGGACGCUGCCGGCAGCGGAGAGGUUCUGACCACAACCACUGGAUCCUGCAAACACUCUCUCUCACACACACACACACACACACACACACCUCUCUGUCUCUGCCCGCUGGCUGCUGCAGCUCCUCUAGGUUUCCUUUUGUUUUGUUUUCAUCCAUGACCUUUUUAUUUGAUUUGGGGGAGGGGCUUAAUUUCCCCUCUAGUUGAUCGGAGUCAGCCAUUGGCUGAUGGACCUGUCACUCAUGCCUCCCAUAAGGACCAAUGGGAAUGCCUGUCUAACACCACUAAACACGAACUUUAGAGUUCAGACUACAGCGAGUGAGCGAGUGUAUGAUGAUGAUGAUCAUGAUAACGUGUACGUUUCAUUUUCAGACUGUUAAUUAGAAACGAGUGGUUUGUAUAGUUCAUAGAGCUGAUGAAUUACCCUGCUUCAGCUCAACGUCAUUCCCGUCACAUUAGAUGCUCAAAGAACAAAUAUUACAGAUGCUUGAAUGGCUCUGCUGACGUGCACGUUUGCUUUUGUGCCCCUUUGAUUUUGUGUUGUUGUGGCAAAAAUAAAUGGAUUCUCAGCCUCUGUGCGCUUGUAGAGUGUUAAACAGUCUCCAGCAGGACAUGUCUUACUCCUGAGAUGUUGCCCUCUCCAGAUUCUCUCACUCUUUUAGGCCGUCUGUCUCUCUCUCUCUUUCUGCAUGAUGGUGUUUUAGCUUUUCAAUAGUCUUGAACUGAAAUUCACAUCGGUUAGCGAAUGAGCAUUUUAAAGAUCCAUAUCUGCUAUUGUUGUGAAAAAGUCCCUUUGAAAACAAAAAAACAAACAAACUAAUAAAACG